AUGUUGGGAAAUGAAAGCGGCGAAACGGCAGAAACGAACAUGGAGUCGAGCAAGGAGCUGUUGGAUACGCCUUUUUCCUUGGAUUGGGUUUUUGGUCGCAACAUAAAGUUACCAAUAGUGAAUUUGAUCAAAAAUGGCAGUGGAAGUGCCUUUUUCUACGUUGUGGGACACGCGGCAUGCAUUUUCGACGCAGAACAAAAUUGUUUUGUGUCCUUGUUGAAUCAUCCACAUGAAAUAAAUUCCUUGGAUGCGGAUCGUGCACGUCGUUUCCUCAUGACCUCGGAUAGCCGUCAAAUCAACAUUUGGGACAGUCAGCAUCGAAAACCGCUCGUUAUUCACACAAUCAACUACCCCUUCGACGAUAUUGGGAUUGGCGCAGCUGCUUUGAGUCCAGAUGCCAAAUAUCUCGUAGCGGGAAGUGCUAAACGAAAGUGUUGCUUAAAAAUUUGGUUGUGGAGUUACAAUCGUGACAGUGCCGAUGGCUCCGUGAAUCUUCCCUCGCGCUACGGAAUGCUCAAAAAAAUUCGUUUCUGUCAGGAUUUUGAAUUUUCUCAUUAUUUCGUGGCAGUUUUCAUGAAUGGAGUGUGCUUCGGGGAGUGGGAUGCCAAAGUUUCCAAGCUGAAAGUUCAUAUUCCGGAACGAGGAUUCAUGAAUUGCAUCAAUGACGCGAUGUACAUGCCGAAAACUCGUCGAGUCGCGAGCAUAACGAAUGCCGGGCAAAUCAUGUUGUGGUCCGAUAUUUUUCCGGAUGAGAAUGAAACGGAAAUUUGUAACGACAAAGAGUUUGUAAAAGUGGUAAAAGUAUCUGGAGUGUCUUUAACUGCUAUUGAAUGCGUUGAUGACGUCAUAAUGGUGGGAGAUGAAUGUGGCGAACUGCGCUUUUAUGACAAGGAUUUGCGAUUAAUUUACUAUCACAGCGCUUUUGACGUGAGAGGGACGACAAUUCAAUGCAUUGCUGCAAAUGUGAUGCCUCGAGAUUGUAAAGUACUGGAAACCAUGGAUUUUGACAAUUGUCCGUUGCGUGAUGAAGAUUUGGAGAAGGAGAUUUUAUAUGGCCCGUUGAUACCAAGGGACUUUAGUACCGAUGAAAAACCUCUGGUGAUACGAGAUUUUUUAGUUGCUAGUGGAGAUGGCAGAGUUUUUUCCGCUAAUUUCAUGGAAGGAGAGAUGAAGGAAAUUUUUCAACGGAACAUGGAAGAAAUUCUAACAAUGGAUUUCCAUCCACAAAAGAACAUUUUUUACAUUUUCUCAAAAUCAGGAAGGAUGAUGCAAUACCAUCCCGAAACAAAGGAAACGAUUUUGGACUCGAAAAUUGAACUAGUGAUGUCAGAUCGCUUAAAAACCAAAGAAGAAAUUGCUGGAUCGAAACUUUUGAACGACAAAAGCGAUAAACGACCGGAUUCUGGAGAUGAAAACACAAAAUUAGAGUAUCACUAUCCGGUGCAACAAGUAACAUGCAUCAAAUUUUCUAAGAACGGGAUUCAUUUGAUGGUUGGAACAGAUCGCGGAUGUAUUUACACUGUGGAUCCUGAUUCGCUGACGACUUAUUCGCCCGAACCGUAUCGUUAUACCAAUGAGCCCAUCUCUAAUAUGACUUUUUCAGAGGAUUCGAGAUUUUUUAUGUACUCGGACGUUACGAAUAAAGUAAUUUUGAUGUACUUUGGAGUUCGGAAAUGGUCCUUUGUUGGUAAAAAUCGCUUCCAUCACCUGCCAAUUGUGGAUUUUGUUGCUUUUAAAAUGUUGUCUACGGAUUUUUCGAGAGUUUUGUCUGUGGGAGAGGAUCAGUUACUAGUGGAAUACGACCUCGAUCAAAGUAUUACUCAAGGACGUCUUGAUAUUCUUAGCUCUUACCGUUACGAUCAAAAUGCAGUCCCGACAUCCGUUACGUACAUCCCGCCAAGUCUUUUGAUGAAAUUGGGUAUCAACACGUUGGAAUAUGACUCGGUCCUACUCAUCACUGACACCGACAUGAAAAUUAAAUUAGUUGAUUGCAACAGCGGCAGCAUUCUUUUCACCUAUUUAGGUCCAAUUUUCGGCGCACCCAUCCAGCAAUGCUGCUUUUUCAUAAAAGACGACAUGGAGUUCUUAAUUUUUAGCGCAGGGAACAAACUUGGAUUAUACUUGCUGCCAAUCGAUGGAAAUCCAUUCCGAGCCAUUGGAGUAGUGGCAAGUCCUUAUAAUUUACAGAAAGUUUGCGUGUCACAAGAUCAAAAACAGGUCUUCACGUGCGACGUAAAUGCUUUCCUGAUGUGGAAAUUGCAUGAAUUGGCCGUCACUUCGCAUUACAUCGCUGGAGGAAGUGGUCUUGAGCCUUAUUGCUCCCUCUUGCCAGGCGGUAAAAACGGAUAUUUGUUCCAAGAAUUACUCGACAUGUUCUAUUACAUUCAAAUUUUAACGAGUGGCAUGAACAGCGUUGCCGUAAACGAAUUUAUUCAAGGCACGGAAAUUGUCGAUUUCAUGCGGAGUGUUGGAUUUUUCCCCACUGACUUCCAAAUCGCGAAUAUGUUGCGUGAACUUGAGCUUCGGGGAGCGCAAAAUAUCACGUUCGAACAAUUGGUCGUUUUGUAUUUGAAUCACAAGCCGACGAAAGCAACUAGAGGACAAGAAGUCGCCAAAGCAAUUGCGUAUUUUGUUCGGAAAUUCGUUGAAGCGGAAGGCAGUCAAUGGCGAACGGGAAAACAAAUAAGAAAUAUUUCGAAAAAGUACGUUAUUCGGAUUCUUACGGAAUUUGCAGAAACGGUCGAUGAAACGCAAGCUGUCAUGUGUUUGAAAGAAUUGUGGAUGCAAAAGGACGAAAGCUCGACGAACGAAGAUGCAGUAGAGGAAAUUUUACAAAGACUUCCAGAAAAAAUUGAUUUUAGUAAAUUCGUAGAUAAUUUAGUGGGCAUCAGUUUUAAUGAAGAAAAAUAA